GGGCUGUUUCAGCUAAAGAUUCCAAUUGUCAAAGUCAACUGGAAGUUGUAAAUAUUUUGCACCAUGAAGAUAAUUUUCGUGAUUGCCGUGUUUGUCACCUUUGUGGUCGAUUCUAUGGCUCUGAAAAAUGCAAUCUGUGGUUUACCCUACUCACAGGAUGGUGAUGGUAUAACUGGGUGUCUCGCAUUAAAUCGCAACUGGUCCUAUAUCUCCAGAAAAAAUAUAUGCGUUGAUUUUGACUAUGGUGGUUGUGGUGGUAAUGAUAAUAACUUCACUACAAAAGAAGAAUGCGAAAACAAGUGUUUGGAAUAAAAUUAAAGGGAAUAAAAAUCAAAUGAAUUUUA